AUGAAUUUUUAGAUAGUUGCACAAUCAAUAAAGCAGGAGAUUAAUGUAUUGAAUGUUUUUGUAGUAAUUCUUAUAAUAAUGAGAUUUGUGAUUAAUCAAAAUGUAUAUGGAAUAAAAGAUGUAGAUAAAAAGUUUGUGAAUUAGCUUCUAGGAAUAUAAAAAGUUAUAAAAAAUGCUAUGAAUAUUUAAAUAAAUGUACAUUAAAUAAUUUGGGCUAUGGAUGUAUGUAUAUUCCACUAAGAUGUGAAGCAAUAACAAUAAAAGAUGGUUGUGUAUUAAGAAUUAGUAAACCUGGAGGUAGAGAAAUAGAAUGUGAAUGGGAUGGAAAUAAAUGUAUAGAUAAAUCUUGUAUAACUGCUCCUUCUUAUUUAACAAGUGAUUAAUAAUGUGAUAAUUAUUUAAAAGGUUGUGUAAUUAGAUAUGUAUAAGUAAAUUAAACUAUAUUUAGUAAUGUUUGUUAAGAAUUAUCAAAUUAAUGUGUAUUAAGAAUGAAUGCUGAAUAAUGUAUAAUCUAAAGAUUUGGUUAUCCAAUAUGUAUAUGGAAUCCUAAUAACAAUACCUGUUAAGCAAAAUCCUGUCAAACUGCGAGCAUUUAGAACUCAACAGGAUCAUUAAAUGAAUUUAAUUUAACAUAAUGUAUUUCUUAUUUACUGUAUACCUAAUUCUAAUAAUGA